AUGGAUGACAACGACGAGCUUGAGUCGUUCCGCCAACAGUGGCGCGAGGAGGUCACCCGUCGAUCAAGACCUCAGGCCGCUCCUGCGCCUGCGUCUCCGACUCCAACUGCCCCGCCUCCGAUUCGUCUUCCGCCCACACGCCGUGAGGCCUCUCACCGUAAAGAGAUCGAGGAGGAGGGCCCCCCGCUGGCCUCCUUCGACCCAGAUGAGCUGGCCCGACAAGUCGGAGAGCUGAGCGUGCAACCAGCCGAUGAUGACUUUUCGCGUCGAGAGGUAGCAGAACCAACAUCUGCACUGGAGCACUAUGAACGAGCAGUCGAGAAGGAGGCCGAAGGCAAUUUAGGAGACAGUCUUUCACAUUACCGAAAGGCAUAUAGGCUAGAUUCCGCUGUCGACAAGUCCUACCGGAAUAAGCACUACGCCCAUGCAUGGAAGAAGCCUACUUUGCCCGCGCCCACUGCCCCUACCGAUGUGGCCCAGCAGUCCGCAGAGGUACCGAUCCUUCCGACACCUGAGCUCAUUGCGUCGUUCGUACAUGUGCCAAUUUCACCGCUGGAGCCUAUCGUCGAAAACACACCGCCGCCCCCUUGCCCAAUUGCCACUGUGCCGUCGGAAGUGCUAGUGGAGAUUCUGCGACAUGUGGCAAUGGACGAUCCAUCGGCAUUCGGCCGCAUGGCGCUGGUCUGUAAGCGGAUGGCUUACCAUUUCGCCCAUGAGCAACACAUUUGGAGACGGAUCUGUCAAUCCCAGGAAUUCGGCUUCCAAGGAAUGCAUUAUGACUUCGCAUGCGACCUACGUGGGGAACCGAUCUACACCCUUGCACCGCGAUACACUCCAUUUCCUAAGGGCGUGCCUGUAGAAAUCCCUCCGCCACUGUCUUCCUGGAGCCAGGUGUUUCAGACCCUUCCUCGAAUUCGUUUUACGGGCAUUUAUAUUAGCACGGUCAACUACACUCGCGCUGGUGUUGCAUCUGCUUACUCAAACCUUUCCUGGAACAGUCCAAUCCAUAUCGUGACUUAUUACCGCUAUUUGCGGUUUUACCCAGAUGGCUCGGUAAUUUCGCUGCUGACUUCUACGGAGCCAGUCGAUGUGGUCCCUCAUAUCAGUAAAGAGAAUGUGUUGGUGGCGCAGGCCCCAGCACAUCGAAAGCAUCAACGGCGUACGUCUGAUGCAGGUCAUACCCUUUCUGGAGUCACUGAGACCAUACCGCCUAUCGCCAUGAAUACAUUGAAGCAUGGCCUCCUAGGCCGGUGGCAUUUGGCCUCGCCCGUUGACAUGUCCGAACCUUCCGAUGCUCCCGCUGAAGUCUGGAAGCCCGACUCAGCGUCUGAUUCGAAAUCGCUUCUUUCUGACGAGCGGGAUCUUAUCAUUGAAACAGAGGGUGUAGAUCCCAAGUACAUUUACACGAUGCAUCUAUCGCUACGUUCCUCGAUUGUACCUAAAUCCACUCAACUAGGGCCGGCUCCGCCCAACCCAUCGAAAAACACCAAACUAGCCUGGAAAGGUUUCUGGAGUUACAACCGACUCACCGACGACUGGGGCGAGUUCGGUCUUCGCAAUGACCGAGCAUUCGUGUUCCGGCGUGUACGCGGCUGGGGCCUGGACUAA